GAGGUCUUGAAGGCAUAGAGCUAUUGCAACACACACACACACACACACAUGAAAGAUGUAAGAGUGUCCUGUUACCACCCAACCACCCCACCCGCCCUCCGUCCCGCCGAUACAUCUGUAUGCACACGCGUAGAUAGAGAGGGUAUACAAAUAUGAACGAACCAGCCAAGCCAGAGUGGAUAAAAUAUCGUUGCCUUGCCAGAGGCAAAAAGUUGAAUCCGCUUCAUCGAUCUCGCUCCACCAGCCAGCCCUUUCCCAGCCAGCACACAUACAUAUCAGAAGAUAGGCAGAGCCAUCCUUCCUAAGGAAUUGGCCACACCCUCCUGCACUAACGAAGAUCCCCCAACCAUAGCUACCAAAACCGAUAGAUCAUCGAGAGAAAAACAAAACCUGGGCAGGGCAUCACGCCCUCACGCACCGUUCGCCCGCCUGACUGCCCCCAUGUGGUCUGCCCGUGUGGUGUGUCGGUGUCGGUGCUCACGCAAGGCCACGGAUACACCUGAGGGAUUAUUGCAAACACACAAUCCAACGAGUGUGUGCUGUACAUCUUUCUCUGUUUCUGGGUCAAUCGACUGUAUGCUCGCUUACAGCUGAAGGUGGCGCUUCAUUUCGUGUGCCGGUACGGGCUUGUUGCACCGGGGGCAGCAUCCCGGCUCGCUUUUCGCACGCUUGGCAGGAGGCGUAUUGGCGACGGCCUCAGGAUGCUGGUCGUCCUGCUCACGCUUGAUGGCCACCCCACCGCCGCCACCGAGGGGGAUGCCCGCACCACCAAACGCCGGAAACGCGCCACCCACCGGUCCGCUAGCACGUCCGCCCCGCCCCCGGCCCGACGCACGACGUCCGCGGCCACGACCCGACACACCACCACCGCCCCCAUCACCACCACCGGCAGCAGCAGCAGCGCCCGACGCACGACCAGCAGAGCUCGAUACGGCAACACCUGAAUGAAGUGACAGUGCAGACAUCGUUGAAGGAGGGGAGGGAAGGGGAGGGGAGGGGAGGCGACUUUUUGUUGUGUUAUCUCACCUAUGAGGGGUCGGCCGGCAGGUGUGUUGAUGAGGUCCCAGGUGCCACUGCAGAGGGUCUGGUGGGUUUUGAACCACUUCUCCCCGUUGCUGCCGGGGGGAUUGUUGCUCUGCUUCCAGUGCAACUCGCCACAUCGCUGCACACGCGCACCCAUGCCAACCCAAUACGGCGUUUGGCGUCUGUGUGUGGUAGUGGUUGCGUACGUUGCACUGCCACACGUAGCAGCGUUUGAUAUCCGGGUCGUCGAGGCCCACCAGAGGGUUCACGCUCACACUAAGAUCUGCACACACAGACAUGAUGCCGACACACACACACACACACACACAUGCGCACAGCCAUUCAGGUGUUGACCGUUGUGUGAGUGUGUGUGCCCGUUUGGCCUGCCUGACCGUCCUUGCGAGUAUCGGGGUGGUUGUUGAUUUCUUCCAUCUUGGUGAGAAACGCCUGUGUAAGCAGGUGGGUGAGUGAGUGGAAAGAUGGCUGCCUGCGUGGCGUGGCAUUGCUUUGCUUUACCAUACCUGUGUGUGUACGUUGGAUUUGUCGCCGUACUUGACGUAGAGGUGCGCGUGGAUCAUGAGAUGCAGCAACACUUCCUGCACCAAAGGAGAAAAGAAAAACACGGGGGACAACCAAACUCUGCACAUCCGUGUGUGUGUGUAUGUGUGUGUGAUUUGUCGCGUGCCUUGAUGUCCUUCAUGCUACGGGUCAGUAGGCGCUCCUUGGACAGCUUGAUGACCACCUUGGGGUUCUUGUCAGUCUGACGGCACACCACGCAGCACACCGCAGACAGAGGCAAGGGAGAUGGAUUGAUCGGUGUCAUGUGUGAUGCCAUCGUCUGUCUGUUUCUCUCUCUCGUGUGCGAGCAAGCCAAGUUACGGGAUAGGAGAUGGUGCCAUUCGCGGUAAACAAGUUCUUCUCCCACUUGAUGUUCACCAUGGUCACGCCGCCGAGCAGCUCACCACCGAAAUACUGCACACACACACACACAGCCCCCCUCACUCUGAACACAGCCCCAGACCGCAACCGUACACUGCAACCGCACUGCACACCUUGUGGUUGUAUCCUUGAAGAAGCGCUUGGCCUCUCGCUGCUUGGUGCGGAUCUCAGCCUGCUGCUGCUGCAUGACCGCCGCAUUGAGCACAGCCUCUUUGAGGACGCCAGCCGCCUCUUGGUUGAGCUGAUUGUGCAGCUCGACCGCCAUGAGAUGGUCCCUCUCACCCUGACCCUGGCUGUCCUCAUCCUGAUCAGGCUCGUCCUCGUCAGAUGAGAGCAGGUCGAUCACGUCCUGCUGCGCCAUCUGAUGGUGGGUGGGUGAUACGGGGAGGGGGGGAGCGAACACCGGCGAUAAAAAGUCCUCUUCUCCGCUUCCACAAAUCGAC